UUUUGGCACAUCACAGAUCUUCACUGGGACCCUGAUUAUAAAGUGACAGUGAAUCCAAACACUGUGUGUCCUUCAUCUUCGAAACCUGUACUAAACCCAGGGAAGUGGGGCAGCUACCUAUGUGACUCCAAUUGGGACCUCAUCAAUCUGACACUUCAUAAAAUGAAAACCUUUCACCCUGAGCCAGACUUCAUUCUUUGGACUGGUGAUGACACUCCUCAUGUUGCUGAUGAGAAACUUGGUGAGGAUGCAGUCCUGGGGAUGAUAAGCAAGUUAACCAAGUUGAUUCAAGUGGUCUUUCCAGGCAUGAAAGUCUACUCUGCAAUGGGAAAUCAUGACUUCCAUCCAAAAAAUCAGCUUCCUGGUGACUAUCACAAGAUUUACAACAGAACUGCUGAAUUAUGGGCACCGUGGAUGGACCAUCAAUCUAUUGCUAUCUUUAAUCAAGGUGCUUUCUACACUGAGAAGCUGCUGGGUAGGACUGACCAGAGAAUCAUUGUUUUGAACACAAAUCUGUACUACAGCAGCAAUAAGUGUAAUGUUGGGAUUAAUGACCCUGCUGGCCAGUUUCAAUGGCUUGAAGAGGUUCUUUCAAAUGCAAUGACAGCAAAAGAAAAAGUUUACAUCAUUGGGCAUGUGCCACCUGGCUUUUUUGAAAAGAAAAGAUGGACAUCUUGGUUUGUAGAACAUUUCAAUAACAGAUAUGUUGAAAUUAUCCAAAAGUAUCACAGCGUGAUAGCUGGUCAAUUCUUUGGACACCACCAUACAGACAGCUUCAGGAUGUUCUAUAAUCACUCAGGUUCUCCCAUAGGAGUUAUGUUUAUUACACCUGGCAUUACUCCAUGGAAAACAACACUGCCUGGUGUGGAGAAUGGAGCUAAUAACCCAGCGAUUCGGGUAUUUGAGUAUGACACAAAUACAUUGGAAGUCCAGGAUGUAGUGACAUAUUUCUUCAAUUUAAGCUAUGCGAAUGCAAUAGCUCCACUGUGGCAAUUGGAAUAUCGUUUAACAGAGGCAUUUAAAGUUCCAGAUGGUACAGUUAAGUCAAUGCAAACAGUACUGGAUAAGUUAUACCAUGAAAACGACUAUCUACAAAAAUAUUAUAAACUUAAUUCAGUAAACUAUGAUUUAACUAAAUGUGACAUGAACUGCAGAAUUGAUCAGAUUUGUGCAAUCAAGGAAGUUGACUUUGCUAAAUAUGAAGAAUGUGUGAAAAGAGAGAGCUCGUCUUCGGCUCUUACUGCACGAGUGCCUCCUAUUCUCCUGAUUCUCCCUAUAACCCCCGACUCCUCAAUAAUCACGAACCAAUCUACCUCUUUCUUAAAUACACCCCCCAGAAAACUUGGUCUCCACAGAUUCACUACUGUCUGGCUGAAGAAAUUCCUUCAUUAUGAGGAGGUGGCCUCAAGUCCUUGCCUCUCCUACUGGUAUAUAACAGCACUGGAGGUGGGGUUCCGAAUGCACAAAGAAAGAGACACUGUGGGUCUGCAAUAUAUUAUUUACCUGAUCAGUGAUAUCAGCAUGCUACGACUCUUCGAGAGUAUUUUUGAAAGUGCUCCUCAACUCACAUUGAUGCUGUAUAUCAUGAUGUUGAAGAACCAAAUGAAGCUGCACCAGUGUAAGUAUUAA